AUGUAUGCGCAGGGACCUGACGGCCUGCCAUCAGAUGCAUCGAGCGACUUGUUCGGACAGUUUAUGAACUUUGACGGAGAUGGCGCCACCAGGACCCCCCUCGAUGACAGCCGCGGGGGCGACUCGACGACAAUGGGAGGAGUUCCGGAUUCGUUCUUUGCGAGCCAGACGGCCCCAGGUACUGCCUCGUCGGCCGUCUCGUCGAUAGACGAAUUCGACUUCUUUCCCACCAGCUCCCACAUCGGGCAGACCACAUCCGCGGCGAGCCACGGCCUGGACGCCCAGGAGCUUGCUUUCGGAGUAGCUGCCGAUCCGGCUACCAGCGGAGCCCAUCAGCUCAACCAGCUCAGUCUCAGUCUCAGUCGCAAGUCCAUGUCGGAGACCGAGCUCCAGCGUCUUGAAGACAUCUCCCUGCACUCCCCGCGGAAGAAGAAAUCGUCUGUCUCGCACCCACCGUCUCCCACGCCGCCCAAUACCUCUUCCAGGAAGCCCAAGAAGCUGGUCGAGGCACUGUCCUCCACCCUCCGCAAGGCAACGACGCUCGGGAGACGGAGCAAAAAGCAGCAGCCGCAGCAGCAGCAGCAGCAGCCUCAUCCUUAUCCUCCAACGGACCGGGCAGCAUCUCCCACACUCGACCAUCCUCCCAUGGCCAUCAAGUCUCGAGCCGCACGGAUGCCGAGCACAGGCCAGACCACCGUAGGCAGCGUCUCCUACACGACGCCCUCGCCCACAUCCUACGACAACAGCACGCCGACGUUCCACCCAGUUUUCUGCGAGGACCCUUUUGCUGAGUCGCCGAGAAUCUAUCACUCUCCAAGCAUGCAGUUCUACCAUGGCGCAAUGGAUCCAGCGCCGAUGCAUUCCUCCGCCCGCCGCAUCAAGAGCGAGCAGCAUCUGUACCAGGCAGCGUCAAGCAUGAUGCCCUCCCCGGUCGCCGUCGAUCCCACCUCUCAAGCUCCUCAGCCGGGGGCCUGGCCGCAGCAAAUAAUGAUGGCGGAGCAAUGGGGCGGCGGCGCGAGUGCCGACUUUGCGGCAAACCAGGAUCCAACAUGGUGGGAUCUCGACCUCAAUGCCAGCAUGAACCAAGCAAUGCACUCGCAGCACGGCGAGCUGCCCUACGAAUACGCGCCCCUGCCAGACGCCAACGCAGCCGGCCUCAUGAUUCACAUGCCUCAGCCCCGGCCAGUCGUCACUGACAUUGGCCUCAACGCGCAGACGUAUCUGCCGCCUCCACCGCCGCCCAUUCCGCCUGCAGACCGUUGCAGCCGGCCACCGCGGGCUCCAUCCUCGGGAGCACGGCAUCGCAACUUGUCGUCGUCGCCCAUGCGAAAGACCCGUGGCCCUUCGGCGUCGCCCACGCCGAUGCCAAAUCAGCUGCAGAUGCGCAACCAGUCGCGGCACAGCUCCACGGGGUCCGUCUCGUCCGUCCGUAGCGCCUCCGGGCGAGGCCCUGGAGCAGCGGGAUCCGCGCCCAACACACCGGGCGGCGUACGCAAGCGCAGGUCGCGCGAUGCCGGCGCGGGAGGAGGGGGAGGAGGAGGCGGCAUCGGCUUCGGGGGCGACGGCAUAGGGUUCGUCAACUUCACGCCCAACGACGGCAGCAUUCUGAUGACGGGUGUGGCCCCGAGCGGGAGCUCCAAGACGAAGGCGCGAAGGGAGAAGGAGGCGCAGGAGAAGAGGCGGCGGUUGAGCGAGGCGGCGAUGAAGGCAGUUGCCGCGGCAGGGGGGGACGUGGACAAGUUGAUACAAGAAGGGUUUGUGUUUUGA